UAUUCGUCUACGAUAAUUCGGAGAUAAUUUGAAGCAUCGUCAUGCCGCCGAAAGUUAGUGGUAAAGCUGUGAAGAAAGCUGGUAAGGCUCAGAAGAACAUUAGUAAAGCUGACAAGAAGAAGAAGAGGAGGAGGAAGGAAAGCUACGCUAUUUACAUCUACAAGGUGUUGAAACAAGUACACCCUGACACCGGUAUAUCCAGCAAAGCGAUGAGCAUCAUGAACAGUUUCGUCAAUGAUGUCUUCGAACGCAUUGCAGCAGAAGCAUCAAGAUUGGCGCAUUACAACAAACGUUCUACAAUUACAUCUCGUGAAAUCCAAACUGCUGUAAGACUCCUACUUCCCGGAGAAUUAGCAAAACACGCAGUCAGUGAAGGCACCAAAGCAGUCACCAAGUACACCAGCUCAAAAUAGACAGUCACAAACUAUUUAAAACAAAAACGGUCCUUUUCAGGACCAAAAAAUUUUCAAACAAAAUGGAACAUUUUUACU